ACAGGAAAUUACCAUUAUGCGGCUGGUGGUGAUAGUGAUCUACUUGAUACUGAUAAUGCCCAUAACCGGCCUGUGGCGUGCCGAAGGGAGCAACGUGCUGCUCGAACCGGAGCGGGUGUGCGAGGCCAAGCACCGGAAGUCGCGCCGGUUGACGGGCCGGCUGGCGGACAUCUGCAAGAACGACACGUCGCUGAUGCACGUGAUCCACCGCGGCAUCAGCCUCGGGUUCCGGGAGUGCGAGUCGCAAUUCCGGCACAGCAUGUGGAACUGCUCCUGGACCAUCAAGCGCAGCAUGCGCCGCGUGCUGGCCAAAGAUACCCGGGAGACGGCGUUCGUGCACGCGAUCACAGCCGCCGGCAUCACGUACGCGGUGACGAAGGCCUGCACGAUGGGUGACCUGCUCGAGUGCUCCUGCACCCAGAAGCAUGCCGGUCGACCGGUGAAGGAAGGCGACGGAGUUGGUCGCGCUGGUCGCGUUGAAUUCCGGCCUGCCCCAGGAGCAUCGCGUCGGCCAGGACAGGGACCGUCCGGGCGUUCCGGGGGAUCGUUGGGUGCUGGUCGGCUUAUGAUGGCGCCCAAUCGGCGCUCUACCAAUCCGGCCUACAACACCCUGACACCGGCCGGCGACGUAGCCAGGAAGCAGCCAUCGCGGCCCACCGGCAACGGCCAGCGUAUCCAGCGACAUCUGGGGAAACCGGGAGCCAACCGGGUGGCCGGUGCCGGGGGGCAGGAACUGCCAGCCACCCUCACGCUUCUGGCCAGUGGGCAGGAGGAACAGUGGAAGUGGGGCGGGUGCGACGAUAACGUCAACUUCGGGGUGCGCAAGUCGAAGGACUUCCUGGACGCGCGGCUGCGCAAGAAGAGCGACAUCAAGACGCUGGUCCGUCUGCACAACAGCAACGCCGGUCGACUGGCCGUGAAGCAGUUCAUGCGCAUGGAGUGCAAGUGUCACGGGCUGUCCGGGUCCUGCACGAUGAAGACGUGCUGGAUGAAGCUGCCACCGUUCGCGGAGGUCGGUGCCCGACUGAAGGAGCACUUUGAUGGGGCGACGAAGGUGAUCGCCCGGAACGACGGCCACAGCUUCAUGCCGGACGACGCCACGAUCAAGCUGCCGACGCGCAAGGACCUCGUGUACACGGAGGACUCGGACGACUUCUGCGAGCCGAGCGCCAAGAGUGGAUCGCUCGGGACGCACGGGCGUGAGUGCAACAUCAGCUCGAGCGGCGUCGACGGCUGCAGCCUGAUGUGCUGCAAGCGGGGCCAAACCCACAGCCAGGUGGAGGUCCGGCGUAACUGCAACUGCAGCUUCAAGUGGUGCUGCGAGGUGACCUGCAAUACCUGCAUCGACAUCCAGGAUGUCUACACCUGCAAGUGA